UUCACACACAGCCAAUUGGCGUGAGAGACCCCACCUGUGGCUUUAGGGAGCUCCGUGCCGUACUUUGGGGCGUCAGGAGCGGGGCGGUCCCCCCGGGUCGGAUGGUCCGGGCCGUGCCCGCCCCUUCGCUCGCUGGUUACUGUUUGCUGGAUGCGCGCGCGGAGCUCACGUCGCUAGGGCCUGGCUGCCCCGGAGAGUCGGUCCGCGAGCCUUGCCCGCGCGGCCUGAGCUGCGAGGGUCCCAGGAGCCAGGGGUUCCUGGAUGCAGAUGGAUGGGGAUCUCGGAUGCUCCGCAAGCUGCAGUCCCCGCGCCUUCGCCGAGAAGCAAUCGGUGAGGCUUGCAGCCCGGAUACCCGCGAACCCCGAUGCUCAGGUGUGACCUACACAUAUGACUUCACCUUCCGAAGCCUGUUUCGUGAUCCAUAAAAUGAACAUAACCACCUCACAGGGCUGUUGAGAGGAUUAAAUGAAACAAUGCAGUUUGCACGAGGGAGCCCUGGCAGCAGGUCCUGGUGGCCAGAGCACAGCUGCCGUCACCGAGACCAGCAGGCAGCGUGAAGACCCCUGUGGAACCGGCCAUCGGAGGGAUGCAGACACUCCACCUGCAACACCGCUGCCGGGGUGGCUUCCGAGUCAAGGCCAGGGCGUCAUACGUGGACGAGUCUCUCUUCGGGAACCCUGCAGGCACCCGGCCCACCCCACCAGAUUUUGACCCGCCCUGGGUGGAGAAGGCUAACCGAACCCGAGGAGUGGGCACAGGCGUGCCACAAGGCUCGGGGGGCAAGGCUGGCUGUGAGACCACCCCCUCCAGGGGCAGCACCCUGAGCCUCACCCCGAGGAGGAAGAACAAGUACAGACUGGUCAGCCACACUCCAUCUUACUGCGAUGAGUCACUGUUUGGUUCCCGACCCGGAGGCGCCAGCUGGGAGACCCCGUGGAUGGCGAAGGGGGAUGCCGCCAAACUCCAUGCCCUCUUCUGGACACCCCCAGCUACUCCCAGGGGUGGCUGCUCGCCCUCCCCUAGGGAGACUCCACUGCGGGCCGUUCAUCCAGCUUGCCCCUCCAAGACAGAGCCCAGGGUGGCAACAGAUUCCCGGAAGCUGUCCGUGAACGGGGUGGAUACUGCACGCCCUCCACGGAGGGGGCGAUCCCAGUCCCUCACCCCCCUGGAUGUCCCCAGCACUGGUCACUUAGCCACCAGUGCCCCCCACACACGUGGACCUCUGGAUCACAGGCCUUCUGGGUCAGGGGUGACUUCCAGGGCUCGCUCGGUCAGCGUUUCAGUGCCAGCUACCCCUCGGCAAGGUGGGGUCGCUCAGAAACCAAGGCCCCCUUGGAAAUAAGGUUCUUCCAUCAGGUACGUCCAGGGGAGGGAUGCCACCCCUGGCAGGGGUCUUUUGGGGAAGCCAGCAUCUGCAGGGUAACCCCAGGCAUUACAGAAGCCCCACGGGGACUAACACGGGAUGGUUAGGACCUCCCCUGUCCUGUCCAGCUCAGCUGCUCCCUGCUCCCGAGGUGGGUUUGAGGCCCGUCCUUGCAGUGCCCUCUGAGGCUGGUUGACCAGGUCCAGAUCAGUGCCAACCUGGGGUCAUCCCCUCCCAGCUGUUCUUUGUGUCUUAUUGCCAAGUGGAGUGAUUGCCAACCUGGGGGUCCUGCCAUCCCAUCCCUGCUCCCAAGAUGAGCACCCUUUUGGGGAUGAGUGUCACAGGGUCUGGAGGCUUGAGGAGUGUUUUCCCAGGCCCCCGGGGGGAGGGAAGGGCAUGUGGGUGAUACGGGGUGAAGGUGUCACCUCCAUAGUCAUGUCUUUAUCUCCACACGUGAAAUAUCUCACAGAUCAGUAGCUCUUUGAAGCUGUGAGCGUCACUAGUAUUUUUCUCUUAGAGAAAAAUAAUUUGACCAGAGAGAGAGAGAGAGAGAGAGAGAGAGGGAAAGUGAAAA